GGUUAAGAUUGAAGACUUCUGCGCCAUGGGCAUACAAUUUCAAGAGAAAGGAGAAGGGUGCGGGUUAACAGACUGAAAAAACAACAACAGCAACAACAACCACCACAGAGGACCCAGUUUGUCACUUUUUUUCGCGAACUCAUUGUUUGACAUUAAAAAGACACAAGAGAGAAGUUUAAAUCGCAGUUUACGACAGCAAUUUGCUCAGCUAAUCCGCGUUCGGAAUUGAGGGAACAGAAGCAGGAUGUACUAUGAAGACAGCGCUAAAUCACUCAGACCCCGUUAUGGAUCCAUCGUGGAUGAUGAGAGGCUUUCGGCGGAGGAAAUGGAUGAGAGGAGGCGACAAAACAUUGCCUACGAGUACCUGUGUCACCUAGAGGAGGCCAAACAGUGGAUGGAGGCAUGUUUGGACGAAGAACUCCCCCCGACAACAGAACUGGAAGAAGGCCUACGAAAUGGAGUCUAUCUUGGCAAACUCGGCAAGUUCUUUGCCCCAAAAACGGUGUCGGAGAAGAAGAUUUACGACAGGGACCAAUCUCGUUAUAAGCGUACUGGCUUACACUUCAGACACACAGACAACACAGUGCAGUGGCUCAGAGCUAUGGAGUCUGUUGGUUUGCCAAAGAUAUUCUACCCCGAAACAACUGAUGUGUAUGAUCGGAAGAACAUGCCCAAGGUGAUCUACUGCAUACAUGCACUGAGUUUGUACCUGUACAAAUUGGGAAUCGCUCCACAAAUCCAGAAUUUACUGGGAAAGGUGGACUUUACAGAGGAGGAGAUCAGUAACAUGAGGCUAGAGCUAGAGAAAUAUGGCAUCCAGAUGCCUGCCUUCAGCAAAAUCGGCGGCAUCCUAGCCAACGAACUCUCAGUGGAUGAGGCAGCGCUGCACGCGGCUGUCAUUGCCAUAAAUGAAGCUAUAGACAGAGGUCACGCAGAGGGCACCAUGGCCGCUCUGAAGAACCCAAACGCCAUGUUGAGAAACCUUCAGGAAUUUUUGGCACAGGACUACCAGGACACUCUCAGCCAGGCCAAAAAACAAAAGGAGCACCAGGCCGCGGGGCGGCGGACCUCUGUGGCAACUGAAGAGAGAGACGUCUAUGAAGAGUUGCUGACUCAGCAGGAGAUUCAGAGCAAUCUUAAUGUGGUGAACAUGUUUGAUGCAGUCCAGAAGGUGAACGAGGCCAUCGAUGCCCAGGAUGCUGCAGCUCUCCUAGCCAGUCUCAGGCUCCCAGCUCUGGGCCUGCUGGGUGUCCUGGAUGCCAAUGCUCUCUGUUACCUGGAGCACUUCACAUCCUACAGACAACACAAGGCCAAGGAUGUGGGGCCGGGCGUUAGACUGGAGAAGGAAGAGAUGCAGCGGGUUGUGAUGUCGUGUAAUGAUUCUGCCGAGGCAGAGAAACGCAAAAUGGAGGCCAUUGCUGCCAUCAACGCUGCUAUACAGCGAGGAAACGCGGAGGAGACAGUGGAACUUCUUAUGAAUCCAGAGGCCCAGCUGCCCAUCGUUUACCAGAGUGCUGCCAACCUUUACCAAGCUGAGCUUUUCAGCUUACAGAUGAACUGCAAGAACAAGUCUGGCCUAAGUUAUGAGGAGCUGUGUGUUGCCGUGGAGAUGCUGUCUGCCGUGGCAGUGCUUAAUGAGGUGUUGGACACUAAGGACUCUGUGGCGGUUACCGAGCAACUUGCUGACUCUCCACUGGGUUUUAGCAAUAUGGACCAUGACAACAUGCAGAGGUAUGCAGAUAUGCUAAUCAAACUCAGAGCCGAGACCUCAUUACAGGGGCAGGAAUUUCUCACUUGGAACGACAUUCAAAAGUGCAUUGACACAGUCAACGUCCAAGUUCAAGAGGAACAUGAGAGAGUCAUUGCUAUUGCGGAGAUCAAUGAAGCUCUGAACUAUGGAGAUCCGGAGAAAACCCUCGCUGCAUUGCUGCUUCCCACUGCCAAGCUCCAGGGGGUCAACCCAGCUUUGGCCAAACACUAUCACGACCUUCUGCAGCACACCAGAGAGAACUUAUGUAAGAGCUCAGGGGAUGAGUCAGCUGUGCUAUGGUUGGACCAGAUCCAGGAGGCAAUCUACAAAGCCAACCAGGACCACGAAGAGGCCCUCAAAUUGGCCGGCGCGAUAGCCAACAUCAACAGGGAGGUAUCGGCGGGCGAUUCCCAGAAAACGCUGGCAGCUUUGCAGGCUCCCUGGGCAGGGCUUAGGGGAGUGUUGCCUGAGUGUGCAGACGUCUACCAGUCUGAACUGCUCCAGCAACAAACCCUCCGGACCGUUGAAGGGCCCAGUGGUACUUUUAUGGUGAAGCAUCAGGUUAGGGACAGAUAUACCUUUUUCUACAACCUGGAGACACAGGAAGGGACGUGGGUUGAGCCAGAGGGGUUUGUGCACGACAGCUCCCAACUCACCAGAGAGGAGAUACAGGGAGUUGUUGGAAGCUUGACAGCAGAAUAUAACAGAGAACAACUAUGGUUGGCCCAUGAGCCGCUCAUCGUCCACCUUCAGGCUAUGAUUCGCGGAUACCUUGUGAGGCGGGCCCACUAUAGCAGACUGGAGUUCUUGAAACAGCAAGAGCCCAAUGUUAUCAAACUGCAGUCCUUCUGGAAGGGAUACAGACAGAGGAAAGUUUACAUAAGCAGACUGAAGACGCUACAGAGUAAUGUGGGCGCUAUCGUAAAGAUCCAGUCUCUGGUGAGAAUGUGGACAUCCAGACAGAAAUACAUCAAGAGACUACAGUACUUCAAAGACCAUGAGAAAGAGAUUGUGAAGAUCCAGGCUUUCCUUAAGGCAAACAAAGCCAGGGAGGACUACAGAACUCUGACUGGUGCCAAGAACCCUCCUCUCUCAGUGGUCCGAAAGUUUGUUCACCUGCUGGAACAGAGCAACCUGGAUCUACAAGAGGAGCUGGAGGUGACACGCCUAAGAGAGGAAGUUGUCACUAAUAUCCGUGCCAAUCAGCAAAUGGAGAAGGACCUGAAUUUGAUGGACAUUAAGAUUGGACUGCUGGUGAAGAACCGGAUCACUCUGCAGGACGUGGUGACACACAGCAAAAAGAUGAAGAGCAAAAAGAUCAAAAAUGAUUUUGUAAAGGGCAACACACAAGGUAUCAAAGGCCUGAGUAAAGACAAGAGGAAAAGGCUGGAGGCCUACCAACACUUCUUUUACCUUCUACAGACCCAACCAUCGUACUUGGCCAAACUGAUCUUCCAGAUGCCCCAAAACAAGUCGACCAAGUUCAUGGACACGGUGAUUUUCACCCUGUACAACUACGCCUCCAAUCAGCGGGAGGAGUAUUUGCUGCUAAAGCUGUUUGAGACUGCACUGCAGGAAGAGAUCAAGUCAAAGGUGGACCAGAUUCAGGAUAUUGUGACUGGGAACCCGACCGUCAUUAAAAUGGUGGUGAGUUUUAACCGAGGGGCGCGGGGACAGAGCGCCCUGAGGCAGCUGCUUGCCCCCGUUGUCAAGGAGAUCAUCGAGGAUAAAAACCUCAGCAUGAACACUAACCCCGUGGACAUCUACAAGGCCUGGGUCAACCAGCUGGAGAGUGCCACGGGAGAGGCUAGUAAGUUGCCGUACGAGGUCAGUGUGGAACAGGCACUGUCACAUGAAGAGGUGAGGGCGAGGCUAGAGUCAUCCAAUCAGACGCUUCGUGCCACUACAGACAAAAUGCUCAGCUCCAUCAUGUCAUCUGUGGACAAUAUUCCUUAUGGCAUGAGAUACAUGGCAAAAGUCCUCAAGAACACACUUCAUGAGAAAUUUCCAGACGCAACUGAAGACGAGCUUUUGAAGAUUGUUGGGAACUUGCUGUACUACCGCUACAUGAAUCCAGCCAUAGUGGCUCCUGAUGGCUUUGACAUUAUCGACAUGACUGCGGGAGGACAGCUGCACACAGAACAACGCAGAAACUUAGGAUCCGUGGCCAAGAUGCUACAGCACGCCGCCGCCAACAAGCUGUUUGAGAGCGACGAGAACGAUCACUUGACCUCCAUGAACCGUUACAUCUCACAGACCUACCAAAAGUUCAAGAGCUUCUUCCAGGCGGCAUGUGAUGUCCCAUCCCCUGAGGAGAAGUUUAACGUGGAUGAAUACUCUGACAUGGUGACGCUAAGCAAACCUAUCAUCUACAUCUCUAUAGAGGAGAUUAUCAACACUCACUCACUUGUGUUGGAACACAAGGAGGCCUUAGCCCCUGACCAGAAUGAUGCUCUGCAUGAACUGCUGGACGACCUGGGAGAUGUUCCUGAUGUGGAAUUACUCAUAGGUGAAGGGGCAGUUGAUCCAAAUGAUCCCAACAAGGAGAAUACGUUGCUUCAUUUGGCCAAAACGGAGAUCUCCGUCACUCUCACCAACAAAUUUGAAAUUCCAGAGGGAGAUGACAAGGACCUGAAGGGUCUGAUGAUGAAGACAAAGAAGCUAAUUGUGGAUGUGGUGAGAAUCCAGCCAGGGGAAACACUGAUAAAUAUCUUGGAGACUCCAGCUACACCUCAGCAAGAGUCGGAGCACGUAAGGCUGGUGGAACGGCGCGUGGUUCAGGAUGCCCACACUCCCGAGGGUUUGAAGAGCAGCCAGGCCGUCCAGGAGGACCGCCAGCUCCCCCUGGAACAAAAGAAGAGGAAGAUCUUGAGGAACCUGCGCACUCUGGAACAGGCUGGCCUCGUCAGCUCCAGCAACAAGUUCCAGGACAUCAUUAAUGACAUAUCUAAAGACAUUAGGUACCAGAGACGCUAUAGACAGAGGAGGAAGGCGGAGCUUGUGAAACUCCAACAAACCUUGACUGCACUCAACUCCAAAGCAACCUUCUAUCAAGACCAAAUCAACUACUAUGACACCUAUAUCAAGACCUGUCUGGACAACCUCAACAGGAAGAACACACGCAGAUCCAUUAAAAUGGACAGAAAGGGAGAAGAGAGGGGAAGUAAGAAGAGCAAGCAGCAGUCUGUGAAAUACACAGCAGCCAAGCUGCAUGAGAAGGGAGUGAUCCUGGAAAUCGAGGGGCUACAGACUAAUCAGUUAAAAAAUGUCAUGUUUGAUAUUUGCCCAAGUGAUGAAGUUGGCGACUUUGAGGUAAAGGCCAAAUUUAUGGGUGUUGAGAUGGAGAAAGUUCAACUACAUUUCCAGGACCUUCUGCAACUGCAGUAUGAAGGAGUUGCCGUAAUGAAAAUGUUUGACAAGGCCAAAGUGAACGUCAACCUGCUUAUCUUUCUCUUGAACAAGAAGUUUUAUGGAAAGUGAGAUGUUCUGACGUUGUCUCAUAGGAUUAGACCAUGUCGCUGCUCCUUCAUACCAAGGCACAUUUUCCUGCUUUUUAGGGAUGUUGAGUUUUAUAGGGGAUCUGUUUGAAACAAAACCCAAUAAGAAUAUAUUGUGCCUUCAGUCAAAGCAUUUUUUUUUUUGUAAAAGAAUCUCAUACUUAACUGGCAUUUUAGGAGUCACUGAUUUUUAACAGUUAUGGGUAUUUAAUUAAUUAUAAAAUAUUAGUGUAUGGAGUGUUCUAAUUUCCAGUAUAGUGAUCUGUACAGAUACAAAGGUUCAUUGUGAAGAUGCCUGAGAAAAUGCUCUGAUUUUUUGAUACAGAUAAGAAAUAUAAUUAAAUUAUACCACAAAUUAAGAAUAUUGUUUUAAUAAAAGGUUACUUACAAGUUAUUGAUAAUGUUUUAUAUUGUUUUCCACUUGAUAAUUGUAUAUGGAAUAUAUUUUUAAAUGAUAUGAUAAUUAUAUGUUUUAUACGUGUACCAUACACAAGCAAAAUAGUUAUUUUCCACUAAUAUUGCUAUAAGAGACACAAAGAGAAAAGAAUUGAACUGAAUUGCACUAUGCACUACUGCUGUCUUGGGAAUGCAGUUUGAGUUGAAAUAGAAUAUAACCAGAGCCUGGAGUACUUUGGUCGAUUUAUACAACCGGUGCCUUCCAUCCUUUAAUGUUCAGAAACUGUACAUCUAAAUAUCAAUGUUAAAUAUUAAUGGAUAAUCAAUUUCUUAUGGAUUGUACUCUGCUUUUCAAGAAACGCUGUUCUGACAUUAUAUAUGUUCGUAAUUUUAAAGAUUCAGAAUAAACGGAAAAUACCAAACAAA